AUGUUCAUCAAGACAAACCGUCUCCAUCUUCGCCCCAUCAACGAAGAAGAUCUCAUCGCCUUCCACGCCCUCCAAUCCAACCCAGAAGUAUCAAAAUGGACCUCGCAAGAUCCAAGCCCCAACCUCGAAAAAUCCUCCGCAAGACUCGACGAUCUCCUAAUCUCCCUCAAUAUAUCCCCCCCUUCCCACCCACUCAUCGUCCUAGCCAUAACAAUUUCCCCAUCCCCUAAUCUCAUUGGAUUGGUGGGAACUUUCAGACCUCGAGAGAUUGGAUACUCGUUAUUACCGGAAUUUUGGGGAAAGGGGUAUGCGCAGGAAGCUUGUAGAGGGUUUUGUAAAAGGUAUCUGGAAUGCUAUCCUGGUCAGCAGUUGUUUGCUAAAGUUGAUCCGCGGAAUGGUGCGAGUGUAGGUUGUUUGAGGAGGUGUGGGUUUACGAUUGCGAGUGUGGAGGAGGGGAGGGCAGAGGAUUUUGUGGGGGUAUUGGGCGAGAUGGAGACUUGGUUGUUGAGGGUGUUGUGA